GUCUUUUGCUCACUCUACACCCAUUUAAAUUUGUUCACACAUUUUCAUGGGUUUUGUUCUUUCAACUAUAACAUUGGUUAUCACCUAGCAAUUUGAUUUGAAUAAGAGAAAAAUCUCCCCAGCCAACUUCUGUCUAUACUAUUCAGAUGGUUGUAAAUAAACUUAUUCAGUAUUUAUCCCCAAGAAGCAAGAACUGAAAAAAUGACAGCCAAAAGGAAGGAUAGAGAUAUAUCAAAGUAGUAGAUUCUACCUAGCACCCAUGAAGUAGGCUUGGUAAGCUGCUGAGUUUUACUAGGUGAAAGCAAAAACUCUUCUUGUGAGCCACACAUGCGGUAUCAUGCCAGUUCUUUAUGGAAUAUCUAUGUGUGGCCCUGAAGCCAGCCCAGGUGUGACUUGGGGAGUUAAUGAUUACCCUAGCAGUUAUCUAAACUACUUGGUUCCACUGGGCUGCAGGCAGUUCACCUGCAGGAGUCUCCGGGAAUCAGCAUGUUCCCUUUGCUCAUUGGGGCUGGACUGGUGGUUCUGAACCUAGUGACCUCUGCUAGGAGCCAGAAAACAGAACCCCUUAGUGGCUCUGGGGACCAGUCACUCUUCCGGGGAGCAGAUCGAUAUGACUUUGCCAUCAUGAUCCCUCCAGGAGGUAUAGAAUGCUUUUGGCAAUUUGCCCACCAAACUGGAUACUUCUAUUUCAGCUAUGAGGUUCAGCGGACAAUGGGAAUAUCACAUGACCGGCAUAUUGCUGCCACUGCACAUACCCCACAAGGUUUUCUCAUAGAAACCUCUCAGAAUGUUCGGGGCCAGAUUAACUUCUCUACCCAUGAGACAGGUUUUUAUCAACUUUGUCUAAAAAAUCAGCAAAAUCACUUUGGUUCUGUGCAAGUAUACCUCAAUUUUGGAGUCUUCUAUGAAGAGCCUGAGAUGGACCAUAAACAGAAGAACGAAAGAAAACAACUGAAUGAUACUCUGGAUGCAAUUGAGGAAAGUACACGAAAGGUACAGAAAAAUAUCUUUCACAUGUGGCGUCAUUACAACUUUGCCCGCAUGAGGAAAAUGGCUGACUUUUUCCUCCUCCAAUCAAACUACAACUAUGUGAACUGGUGGUCCAUGGCCCAGAGCCUUGUUAUUGUUCUUUCUGGGAUCCUGCAGCUGUACUUCUUGAAGCGUCUCUUCAAUGUCUCAACGACUACAGACACAAAGAAGCCAAAAUGCUAAGCUAAAAUAAUUACAGCGUGCUGGCUCUUUUCUUCUGGGGCAGAAGCUUGUCAAAGCU